AUGGCCGCUGCUGCCUACUUCGCGGAAUUGCGGCGCUGCAUUGUGCGCUUCAUCUGCGGAUCCAGUGACUUCGGCCCGUGCCCGGUCAGCGGGGUUGGCCUCAAUGCGGCCCUGCGCAGAGAGCACAUGAGAGCUGGGCAUGCCCGGUCGGCGCUCUCCGUCUUCCGGGCCUCGGACACGGUGGUGGCGGUGCGCGCCAUCGCGCAGCACCUUCAGGACGCGGGCUGCAGACAAGCCUUCGUGCUGGAGGAUGCGGCCAGCGCAGACGACGUGCUGAUUGUGGAAGCAGAUCCUCGUCAGAUCGCCUCGGUGUUGCUGGCGAACGAGCCCACAAAUGGCUCUGGCAGUUCUCGAGCGAAACGCGCUCGUGUGAACGUCGUGGAGCACUCGGAUGCUUUGGUUCCGUUUGCUGCCCAGGACUAUGCGUCCGGCGGCGCGACCUCUUCGACUGCCUUCUUGCGAACAGCGCAGGGCAGUGGUGGUCGAAGUCCUCGAGCCAGUGCGGGCGAAGUGAGCGUGGAGGACUUGCUCCAGGCACCCACAGCGCGUCAGCGGCAGCUGAUCGAUGCGGGUGACGAGCUCCGCCAGCUGCUUGCCGAGCCGACAGCGCGGCAAAGCCUUACGGCGCAGAAGUUCAUGAACAAGACGCGCAACAUGGCCCAGUUCUGCGCCCACGGCAGUCGUGCCGACUGCCGCGCAUCAACUGGGUCCAUCUCGGCCUGCGCCAAGAUCCAUUUCAAGAAGAUCAUCAAGCCCUGGACGGACGAGUCGCUGGGCGAUUGUUCGUAUCUGGACACGUGCAGGCACAUCGAGAAGUGCAAGUAUGUGCACUACGCGCUGGACCUGACGGUGGACCAGACCAAAUACCUCAAUGAGUGCGGUGUCCAGAACCGCGGGACGGACACGAAACGCAUCAACGAGCUGGUCAUGAAGGGCAUGGACCUCCCCGCGCAGUGGAUACACUGCGACCUGCGCUCGUUUCCGCUGUCCAUCUUCAAAGGCUUAAUAAGCGUCGUGAUGGCCGACCCGCCUUGGGACAUUCACAUGGAGCUGCCCUACGGGACGUUGACCGACGAAGAGGUGAAGAAUCUCAACAUCGGCGACAUCCACGAGGAUGGGAUGAUCUUCCUGUGGGUCACUGGCCGAGCCAUGGAGCUGGCCCGGGAGUGUUUUCGCCUCUGGGGCUACAAGAGGAUCGAGGAGAUCGUGUGGGUCAAGACCAACCAGCUGCAGAGGAUCAUCCGGACGGGCCGCACGGGGCACUGGAUAAACCACUCCAAGGAGCACUGCUUGGUCGGCAUCAAGGGCAACCCGAAGCUCAACAGGAACUUGGAUUGCGAUGUCAUCGUUAGCGAAGUGCGCGAGACCUCGCGCAAGCCGGAUGAGAUCUACAAUCUCAUCGAGCGGAUGUUUCCGAACUGCCAGAAGCUGGAACUCUUCGGCCGGCCCCACAACGUCCACGACAACUGGAUCAUCUGUGGGAAUCAGCUCGACGGGGUGCGCCUGGUCGACGAGGAGAUCGUGAAGAGAUACAACCACGAGUUUCCCAACAACCCCACCACGGCCUGGCGCCGGGCCAAGGAUGAGUUGGUGGCCUACCAGGGCGGAGGUUCGGGCGGCGCACGGGGCGAGGAUGCUCCAUGGGUGCCCCCCUCCGAGGCGCCCGCCGCGCCCCAGCCUUCCUCCAGUGAUGCUUGGGUUCCUCCGGCAGCGAGCGCGCCGCAGGAUCCCUGGGGCGCGCCGGCUCCCUGGGGCUGGCCGCCACGGAGGUGA